AUGGUCCACUUCUUCUCCAUUUCAGACCAGGGGACGGUGCAGAAGGUGGUGGCACUGCCAUCUAACUCAUCGGCAAAUGGAGAGCUGAUCUUGGAAGAACUGGAAGUGUUUAAGAAUAAUGCCCCGAUAACAACAAUGGCCAUUUCAUCUAAAAAGCAACAGUUGUACGUGAGCUCCGAUGAAGGCGUCACCCAGGUGUCGUUGCACCGUUGCCACAUCUACGGGACCGCCUGUGCGGACUGCUGCUUGGCCAGAGAUCCUUACUGUGCCUGGGAUGGCAAUUCCUGCUCCAGAUUUUAUCCAACGGGCAAAAGGCGGAGUCGAAGACAAGAUGUGAGACAUGGAAACCCUAUGACUCAGUGCCGGGGGUUUAACCUCAAAGGUUAUCGAAAUGCAGCUGAGGUCAUUCAGUACGGAGUCAAGAACAACACCACGUUCCUUGAGUGCACACCAAAAUCUCCACAAGCUUCUAUUAAAUGGCUUCUCCAAAAGGACAAUGACCGAAGGAAAGAGGUGAAACUCAGCGAAAGAAUCCUAGCCACCCAACAAGGGCUUUUGAUCCGUCUGGUGCAGGAAGCCGACCGUGGAACGUAUCAUUGCAUUGCCACAGAAAAUGGCUUCAAGCAAACAAUCGCCAAGGUGAACUUCAAGGUUUUGGAUUCAGACACCGUGGCCUUCAUGACAGACAAGUGGUCUCCGUGGACCUGGGCCAGUCCACUCCACACCUUGCAGUUCCAUCCAAAGGACCUGGCUGGAUCUUUCAGCCACUCUGAACUGCAGAUGAUUAAUCAAUACUGCAAAGACACACGGCAACUGGGUCAACAGGCUGAAGCUUCCUCAAAGAUGAGAGGGGACUAUGGCAAACUAAAGGCUCUUCUCAACAGCCGAAAAAGCAGGAACCGCAGGAAUCAGUGGCCCGGAUCUUAAGGGCCAAGCUCGAUCAACAAACUUCUUCUUCAUCAUCACCACUGCCAUCUUAUACCCUCAAUCAAGGGAUCCGUUUUUAUCAGGUGGUUUUCUUUCCCUGCUGAGAGUAGAGCGGAUCAGUAAUCAAGCCCGCUCGAUAAAAGUUCAGGACACCCAGACUCUCUAAGCUAAAACCAGACAAUUAAGACCAAGUCCAAAGAGAUGUCCAUUGUGAAGUAACCUAUUGAUCCCACCUUGCUUUCACUCUCUAAGCCUUCAGAGAGGGUGUUGCACCAUGUUUUGAGGUCAUCUUUGUUGUCUUGAUACGGAAAACAAAUGAUGAAGCACUGAAUGUCCAGCUUGGAAUCAUGCAAGGUGGGAGGAAAGAGGGUUAGGACAAAGAGUGACUUGGAGUACUCUUCAUCUACAUAUAUGAUUUUGUGUGUGUCUGUGUGAUUCUCUGUUUACGGUACGUUGCGUUGGAAAACGAGCUCUUGUGGAGGCACAACUUCAAGUCAAUAUCCCAUAUUAAUGUCACAGAAAUAUCAUGCUGAUUAGGAAUUAUGGGGUUGUAAGUACAACACAGUUGGGGAAGGAAGACUGGGGAAGGCUAAUAGCACCACUGCUGUGGCAUUUACCAUGUUCAGUUAGCCAAAAUCAUGAGUAUUCAAUUUCCAUUGUGUAUUUGUAUAAAAUGGAACCUCAAAAAAGAUACAUACAUGUAGUCCAAAACUACUAAGCCCAUAAAAUCAAGUAAAGGAGAAAAGUAACAUGAGAAUAAAUAUUUGCUGGAAGUUGC